AUACCAUUAUCUGAUAACAGUGUCAUCGAAAAAUCUCUCGGUAAACAAGAUAUCAUUUGUGCAGAAGAUCUUGUUCAUGAGAUUUUUACUGUUGGAGAUAGUUUCAAAAAGGCUUCAAACUUUCUCUGGCCAUUUAAACUCAACAAUCCAAAAGGUGGAUGGCGAAAGAAAGCUAAUCACUUCGCUGAUGGAGGUGAUUUUGGAAACCGUGAACAAUAUAUUAACCGAUUGUUACGUAAAAUGGUUUAG